CUGGGGAUGAACAAGUUUCAAGAGAAGAAUGGUGGGAUGACCAAAUCUGCAGACCUAGGCUUCAGGAAACAGAUGAGUUUCACUAACUCAUACUUCUACAACUCAAAACCUCAUUUUUGAGGAAGAGUCACCGAAGAGAACUUAGACCGUUCCUUGCAUCUUGAAAAGCAAGAUGUCAAGAAACAGGGCAGGAAGAAGGUCACAGGAGCCGCAAUUGGCAAUGAGAGUUAUGGACCUCUACACAAUCAGAAAUAAGUAUGGAUACAAGCAUGACCUUUCUAAGAAAUCAGAUACUACUAAAGAGAUCUUAUCUGGCUCAAAACUUCCGACAAAGAAGCAUUUCGGGGGAAAUUUCAAGAAUUUUCCUACCAAGAAUCACAUUUAUGCCCAUAGUCAAAAGAAGACAUUCACUUCUUCACAGGUUAAAUCAAUCCCUGUAUCCACAACUGCGAAUUUCUUAGGGACUUCUAGUUGUCAAGACGUUGACGUGCUCCAAGGUUUCCAUAAGAAGAAGGUGAAAUACCGUCCUAUCCAGGCCAAAGAUGCUAUAAACUACAAGUCCUGGGUGGAGAAACCCAAGCAAGACUUUUCCCAGACCCAAGUGAUCUCAAAGCCACAACUGGAGGUGUACCAAGAGACUAAAGAUGCUUACAGAAGGAACAAGUAUUUCCAAAGCAGAGGAGUCUUUAAUUCAUUAUGGUAAUUUAGAA